AACGUUUAUUUAUAGACAAAUUAUCGGCAUAUUUGACUGAAAAAUAACAGAAAAUUGCUCUAACUCGAUGAUUUCUUGUAACAGUUUGACUUACUUUCAUCAUGUUAAUUAAUUUUCUGAUUUUGUAAAAUAAAAACUAUAGGAGUACUAUUUUUGGGCGAUACUUUUUGUGCCCCUGGACUACAAAUAUACGAUUAUUAGCUAACUGAAGGAAAAAAUAAUUGAUGAGUGAUUAAGAGCAAAGGUACUUUCAGCAAGGUCCAGCAGAGACAACAACAAGCAUGUCUGGUCAACCCAUAACCAUUGAUCCCUUUCUCCAUCUUAAUAUCUCCUUAAAUCCCAACGGCACCAUCACUCGCUUACGUGAUGACCCACACGUCUCACCUUCACUAAAUCCCAACCUUUCAAUCCCCGUUCUUACCAAACACGUUCCCAUCAACCAAUCACACAACACAUCCGCUCGAAUAUUCCUACCCCGCAAACCACACGAUCACUCCUCCUUCCACAAACUCCCUCUCAUCGUUUACUUCCACGGUGGCGGUUUCAUCUUCUUCAGUGCAGCCUCAGUUUUCCUUCACGAUCUCUGUUUAAACCUUGCUAACGACGUCAACUCCAUCGUCGUUUCGGUUGACUACCGUCUCGCUCCAGAACACCGAUUGCCAUCGGCGUACGAUGAUGCCGUGGAAGCGCUGCACUGGAUCAAAAGACAAUCAGAUGAUUGGUUGAUAAAUUACGCUGAUUAUUCCAAUUGUUAUAUCAUGGGAGGUAGCGCUGGAGCAAACAUCGCAUACCACGCGGGUCUACGUGUAGCCGCGGAGAUUGAUCUGAAUCCUCUUAAAAUAAGAGGACUUAUUUUGUCCCAACCGUUUUUUGGUGGGACCCAGAGGGUACCCUCGGAGCUGAAGCUGAUAAACGAUGCCGUUUUGCCGCCAAACGCGUGUGAUUUGAUGUGGGAACUAUCGUUGCCCGUUGGAGUUGACCGUGAUCAUGAGUAUUGUAAUCCAACGGCUGGAGAUGGUCCUGGGGUUUUGGAUCGGGUAGGGAAGCUGGGGUGGCGGGUGUUGGUGAGUGGGUGCGAGGGGGACCCACUAAUGGACCAUCAGAUGGCACUGGCGAGGCUGAUGGAGGAGAAAGGUGUGUCGGUAGUGAGCUGUUUUGUGGAAGGGGGUUAUCAUGGAGUUGAGGUUCGUGAUCUCAUCAGGCAAAAGCAAUUGCACGACUUAAUCAAAGAUUUUAUUUCUUUGUAAUUGUUUUAAAUUGCGAAUGCAAUUUGCACAUGCACUGGUUGUAAUUGUACUCACUAGUAAUUUUCUUUUCUCACUAUUAUAAUUGCGAUUUUUUUUCAUCAUUA